UUGCCCAGAAUCCAGGAUUUCGUGUGGUCGUAACCGGGCACAGUUUAGGUGCGGCCAUGGCAUCUCUUUUCGUCUACCUGAUGACAAGUCUGGACCAAUUCCCUGACACGAAUUAUGUCCUGAUCACGUAUGGUCAGCCUCGAACGGGAAAUAUGGAAUACGCAAAUUACAUGAAUGCCCUCCCCAUCCCGAUGGCUAGAGUGGUGUCGGGCGCAGAUAAAGUCCCACACAUACAGAUAAUUCCGAAAUACGUCUUAGGAAUGUUGAACCUCCCGACCGGCAUCAUGUACGUGCAUCACGGUCAAGAAGUCUGGUUGAGUGAUAACGAGAUAUACUAUUGUUCGAAGCAAGUCUACGAAGAUCCCGACUGUUCCAACUCGGUGGGACGAAAUUACCACCUUUUAGACCACCUACACUUCUUCGAUGUGAACUAUUCCCUCUGCAUAUUUGUCGAGGGAUGGUUGAACGUGGAUCUCCUCACGGUGCCGGGAUUAUUCACCCCGACAAAUUUUAUCCCUCCCGUGCCCACCUUUAUGAAAGGGAUAUUGACUGGGAUCGUCGAAGGCGGGUAUCAAGGCUUGUUGCCGGUUGUGGGUUGACAUAUGUAAAAUUGGUGAACAUUUCAAAAUU